AUGGCGUCGAACGCAGCGGUGCCGUUUUGGCGUGCGGCCGGUAUGACUUACGUCACCUACUCAAACAUCUGUGCGAAUCUGGUUCGGAAUUGCCUCAAGGAGCCUUACAAGACUGAAGCAAUAUCUCGCGAGAGGGUACACUUUGCCGUCUCCAAGUGGACCGAUGGCAAGCCUGAGACGCCCAGGAUUGCAAGGACUGCACUUGCUGGGGUAUUAUCGUGUGCUCUAAGGGGCCAUAUACCUUGUGAAGCAGUACUUGCAAAAGCAGAUCAGGAAAAUAGAACCUGA